ACUUACUUGCUUUGCUAGUUUACAAUUAUGAUUAAACCAUGGGUUUCUUAUCUCAUUUCAUUUUUUUCCUUUUGGACUGGGACAAACUUGUCUGCUGCCUCCUUACACUUCUGUGUGAUGUAGUGAUGUAGUCCAUCAUGUCUUGAACCGUCUUUCCUCUGAACUCUGUUUCCCAAGCUAUUUCAGUUAGAAAUUUUCUCAUCUACUCAUUUCUAAUGUGUGUGUGCUUUGGGUUGAUGUCCUUGUUUUGUGUGUUUGUGCAUUAGGUUGUUGUCCUUGUUUUGUGUGUGCAUUUUUUGCAAAUAUGAAAAUAUUAAAAAUGUUUUCAUAUUGUCUGUUUCAAAAUUUCACCAAAUUCGUUUUUUUUCAGGAUAGUUGCUGAGUGAUAGAAGGAUAAUCUAAUGGAUAUGGAUGCAUUCUUGGCCGCAAGGCAAUGGGAGCUGGAGUUCAACAGAUCAUCGAAACUCAUAAUUGAAGAACUUAAUAAAAAAUGGCUGGCUAUGAAGAGAUCCUUCUUAUACAAGGAGCAAGAGCUGGCAAAGCUACACAGGCAGGCCCCAAUAUUUGUGAGUAGAGUGAAGGCUACAAGUAAAUACAGUGAUGGUGCUAGCAGUAACAGUAGUAGUGGGAGUAGUAGCAGCACCAAUAGUGAUGUCACACAAAAGAACUGGAAAGUUAAAAAAAAAAUUGAGGGAUCCAGCAUGUGCUUUAGUAAUGAACAAACAAAUAGUCCUGAAAUCGUAAGAAAAAGGGGAAAUCGUAAACUUACCUGCAGUGUUUGUGGUCUUAUGUGUCAGCAUAAUGCUCACUUUCAAAUUCAUAUGCGCACUCAUACUGGUGAAAAGCCAUUUAAAUGUGGUUACUGUGAACGAGCUUUUGCGCAGAAAUCUGACUUGACAAAACAUGAGCGUAUCCACACUGGUGAAAAGCCAUUCAAAUGUGACAUAUGUGACAAAGCAUUUGCAAUAGGUAAAUCACUGCAGGAUCACCGACGACAACACACUGGCGAAAGACCUUAUGAGUGCACUGAAUGUAAGCGAAGCUUCAGAAACUCUUCUGGGUUGAGUGAACAUCGCAAAACUCACAGAAAGCAAUAUGAAAGAGAGACUCUUGGCAAAAGUACCAAAAAGAAGCGUGGAGUAUCGCUCCUAAAGCAGCGCCACAGCUCUGAUGCAGCCAGAUGUAGUUUUUGUUGUAAAAACUUCUCAAACAAACAUAGGUUGCUUUCUCACAUCAAAAUGAUGCACAAGAAAGAUGUCCCUUAUCAGUGUGCCAAGUGCUAUAUAAACUAUUCCUCAAUGGAUUCUCUGUGUCUGCAUGUGAGUGCUGCUCACAGGUACACAAUACCACAACAAACUAUGAUGGUUCCAUCAUAUAACUGUUCAAGUUGUGUGUCAAAAUUUACCUCACAAGCAGCUUUGACCGAGCACAUGAAAGACACCGGCCACACUGACUUCAAAUGUGAUGUUUGUGAUCUGGCAGUUGAAGAUUUGGAGAAGCUCAUUGACCAUCGCUGGGACCACAUAACAGAAGGCCAAGUUAAGGAGAAAUGUAAAAAAUUAAACAAAACGUCUCUCUGCAAAGGGCCAAGAACUGUAGGUGGGAAUGGAAAAAAUAAUCAGAUCAAAGAUUAUAAUAUAAUAAAGAAGCAAAGAGAAGAAUUUUUUCCAGGAAAGUUGAGAGUAAUGACCAUCCUACCCAUUGAGGCUUUCAGAGAAUUAUCUGGAGAUACACCGAAUAAAGAUGACAAUAAUGAGACAACCGAGAGCCAGAAAUUGGAUGGGACAUCUGCUCUUCGGAAAAUCAGGAGAAUGUCCACGCACAACAUGGCACAUCCUGAUAGCCUCUCAGUAAUGACAAGCACAGAAUAUGUAUUUCGAAGUUGUAAUAAAGAGAAAAAUAAACGAAUGUCUCUGUUGGCUAACAAAAAACCCUCAAAACACCAUGAAUCAUUGAACAUGAAGCAAGUGCUCACAUAUGAUAGCAGAUCAACACCCCAGACACAAAUGGACAUAUCUCCAAGUUGCCCUAUUUCAAUACCCCAAACAGAACUACCCGCAUCAACAAGUUACCGCAGCUCGGCAUCAUUGCAAAAAAAGAAGGAAGAGGUAAAAACACUCCACACAACAGAUGAUCCUUUAUUUGUAGGUGGAGGUUCACAGGGAUGGGAUGCUCACUGGCUGGAUGAAGGCAUUGACAUAAUUUCUAUUUAAGAAAUUGUGCAAGUUAUUAAUUCUCAGACUUAAAUUAAUUAUUAUUUAUUUACAAAUAAGGACAUUGUCUGCUUGCAUUGAAUAUUUUUUCUUCUCUGUAAGAAGUGGCAGAGAAAGUAUGAUAGUUAACGUGUGUGUGUGUUAUUUCCAAAGUGUAAUUACUUAAGUGUAGUUACAGGAUGAGAGCUAUGCUCGUGGUGUCCCGUCUUCCCAGUACUCUUUGUCAUAUAACACUUUGAAACUACUGACAGUUUUGGCCUCCACCACCACCUCACUUUACUUGUUCCAACCGUCUACCACUCUGCAUGCAAAAGAAAAAGAAAAUCUGUGUAUGCACAAGCAUGCAUGUGUGUAAUUAUCUAAGUGUGUGAGUGUGUGCGUGUAUGUGUAAUGACCUCAUCUCAGAGUCUCUUGCUAAAAGCACUCAGUAAUGAUACCUUGUUAGUGAUUUUGUUUACAUAAGAACUAAUCUAAUUAGUUAAUAUGGAAAAUACUUGGUUAAUACUCAUCAAUAUAUAUUUUGUUUGUUUUACAGUACAGUAUUUGUUUUAUUUAUAUUAAAUCAGAUAUAUUUUAUAUAAUUGAACUAUAGUUUAUAUAUAGUAUAUUGAGACCUGUUAAUUUUGAAAAUGGCUGCUGCUGUCUGAUUAUAUUCCAAAAUAGGUUAAGGUAUUUUUAUUUUUAUAUCUUGAAAGAGAUUACAUUUACCAUUCAUGGACUGCAUUUAUUUUAUUAAAACAGCUGUAUUGUGUUCUGUUAAUAAUUAUGGUUUCUAAAAUAAAUGUGAUUGCCAACACAGCUGCAGUUCUUAAAGCAGCAAUUGUAUAUAAAACAGCUGUUUAUAAAACAUGUGGUCCCUAAACAGCUGUUUACAAUACAGAGCAAGAAGUUGGGCCCUGUGUGGAGCAGAACAUGAAGUUCCUAAAAUAUAGAAUGGUAAUAGUUUGCAUUCUAAUGACGUGCUAACAAAAUAUCCUUUACACUUGGCAUCAUAUUUCAAUCCAAACUAUCCUGACGUUCUAUCACUACCAAUUAUUUUGGUCAUGAAUUAUAAUGCACCUGACAUAGGUUAUCUAUUUAUAUGCUUUCUAUACUUGAGGCCAUUCAUGUUUCAAAAUUUUAGAAAAAAAAUCAAUGUUUUAACUCUGGACGUUUUUGGAAACUGAAACCAAGAAUAGCAUAAACUUUUCAGCAAACACUGUUCCGUUGCCUACAGUUAAUGAUUGUUCGCACAUUAUGGGGGUUUUCAGAGUUAACUGAAAAAUGGUACUAAGAAUAUUUUAGAUUUUUCUGAAGCAUUUUAAAUCAAUCUUUUGUGUCCAUUUGCAUAUAAAAAGUACAUAUAAUCAUAAAUAAAUACAAGAUAUAAAAUUAUUUGAAAAUCAAUGUUCUUUGUCAAUAAACAGAAAUACAAACCAAAAUUUAGUGUAAAUUAUUGUAAGUGCACUGCUCCUGCAUCCAAUGGUUUUAGGAUGACAUUUUGAGUGUUCUUUCAUAACAACGAUAUUGUGGGUAUUCUCUUGUUAAUAACAAUAAGAUUGUAAGUGUUCUCAUCACUAACAAUAAUAUUAUGUGUGUGUUUUCUCCUAACAUGAUGAACAUGUAAUUUUGCAGCAUCAGAUUGCCCCUUUUGGCUGUUCAUGACUGUAAUGUGUUUAAUCUCGGCAAUAUGUCAUCAUGUGUUACUAAGCAUACCAGGAUUGCAUUUGAUGCAAGACAUUAGUGACCAUGCUUUUUAUUAGUCUUUAUUUUAAUACACUAGCAAAUUUAUGUAUUUACUAGAUGGUGCACCUGGCAGUGUCUGGGUCUGUGUCUGUCUGUCUCUCCCCCUCUUCCAUUCUCCCUCUCUCCUUCUCUCCCAUUCUCCCUCUUUCUCUACCAUUCUCUCUCUUUCUCUCCCAUUCUCCCUCUCUUCCAUUCUCACUGAGCCAUGACACUGAACCACUACAGGUACUUCAGUGGUUAAGUAUCGAUACUACUUCAGCGCCAGAGAAAACUGUAUAGUUUUCAAGAAGUGCUAGACCAACUAGACUGUGGUAAAUACAUGGGCCUGUGGGGUGCUCCAAACAACAGUCUGUUGAACCAAGCUCUCAAGUCAAGCCUGGCCCCCCAGGCUGGACCUAUGGUAUUAGACGGACUCCCAGAAUCCCAUCCAAGUACAAUCCAGGUAAGCACCAUUUCACAAGCUGCCUCAAGUAUUGGUUCACCUCCAGCCUGCUCGUGAUGCGCCUAAGCCUGCUUUGUCUUUGGAUGAAGCAGGCUUAGGCGCAGGACCAAGCUUCAUGCUCUCCUCCAGAGAUGGGGUAAUUGUUCUUUUGACCCUGGUACAGUAGGUGUUUUGUUUGCAGCCAGCUCCUUUUCUGGUGAAAAACAAAUACUUUUGGAGCAGUCUUCUCAUUAUUGGUGCUUGGUUGGUUUGGCUGGGGUGGCAUCAUGUGUUAUGGCUACUCUGCCCAAUUACCUUCAUGUCACCAAUUCUGCUUCAGUGGAUACUUUGUGGGCAGAUACAGUGUCCUUGGUUCCAUGUUCCAUGACAUAUAUUUAGAACAUAAGAACAUAAGAAUGAAGGUAACUGCAGAAGGCCUAUUGGCCCAUUCAAGGCAGCAGCUAUUUAUAUCCACCCAAUCUCAUUCAUAUAUAUGUCUGACCUGCACUUGAAACAAUCAAGGGAUCCCACUUCUGUUAUGUAACGCAGUAAUUGGUUCCAGAAAUCAACAACCUUAUUACCGAACUAGGAUUUACCCAGGUCUUUCCUAAGUCUAAACUUAUCCAAUUUAUACCCAUUGUUUCAUGUUCUGUUUUGUGAUAAUACUUUUAAUACCUUAUUAAUAUCCCCUUUGUUAUGUCGAUUCAUCCACUUGUACACCUCUAAUUCUUUGCCUUUCUAGCAAAUGUAAUUUAAGGUUUGUCAAUCUUUCUUCGUAUGACAGGUUUCUAAUAUGGGGGAUUAACUUUGUCAUCAUGACACUACACUACAUUUUUCGUUCCAGAGUCGUUCUGGUUGGCGGACUGCCUGCUCUUCUCAAGGAAGCUCAGAUGCCGUUGCAGGUUUUCCUGGGGGACGAGUUGAGCAUCUCGAUGUUUGUUUGUUUGCCCCUGCACUUCUGCGGGAUGUUGGGGUGCAUUGCCCUCAACUGUGCGUGCGUCGUCUGCAUUGUUGACGCUGUUUGCGCCGCUUCUGCGGCAUGAGGUUUCGCAGGUUUUUGCUUCUUGACUUGUGUGUCGACAGGCAGUGCUUGCUUUUUCCUUGGAGUUCGCUUGGCCCCUGGCUCUUCUGAUGUCUGCACUUUUUCGUCCGCUGCUAUUUGCAAAGUCUGCAGUUGUGCAGUGUCUGCAGGCGGCUUCAUCUAGUUGCCGUCCUCGGUCCGGUUUGUUGGUUCUCCAGGGGGCUCGUGGGUGCACGCCUUCCUUCCCGGAAGGGUCGUGCCAAAGCUCGGGGUUCUUCCUGUCGUGGUAGGCCAGUGGUGCCAGAUUCUGGGCUGGCGCAGCCUUCGGUUCCGUCUGUUUCUGGUCAGCAGGGGGAUUGCCCUAUACGCUGUUUAGGGUCUCAUAAGGUGCGUCAGUCCUUUCACGGUUCGUUUCAUUAAUGGGGCAAUGGGGAAAAGGCUCGCUCUGUUCACUCGCGCCUGGUCCCACGAUUUGUGGGCGUUGUUUCGUGCGGGUUGCGGUGGCGUUGGGUGGCUCCUCCUCCUUCGGGGGGGAGGGGGGGGGAGGGUCUGGUGGGGGCGGGCCUCUUCUCCUUCGUUCUGUAGAGUCCUCUUGGAGUGGGUUCACUUGGCCGUGGUCAAAACCACCUCAUUUCUCUGGUGGGUUCUCGCCUGUUUCCGGCACCGACACGGGGCUGUGCGGACCUCCAGUUCAUUCUAGUCUAUUCCCGUCUAGACCCAUGGGUUUCUUGCCCCUCCUAUUGAAUGACUACUGUCUCAGGUCUGUCUUCUGUUGGAGUCGGCAACUUGGAUGGUGUUCCUCGACCUCUAAGGCACGUAUUGGCUUGUCCCAAAUCAUCCAGGGGUUCCGGGACUUGGUCGGUUUGGUUGUGGGGCGUCCAGGUUACCACCUUCGUUGCCUUCCAAUCUACUUGUGUCUGGUGCCUCGUGUUUUCACACACCUUCCUCGGGUCGUGGUGGCCCGCCUGCAUCUGUUAGGUGUUCGGGUUCUGGCCUCCCUCGACGACUGGCUGGUUUGGGCUCCCAGCCGGUCCGCGUGUUUGCUUGGUUCUUUCCCGGCUCGCCGGGUUUGGGUUCCUGGUGGCAUGGCGGAAGUCCCAUCUGGUUCCCUCUCAGGUUCGGGCUUAGCUGGGUCUUGUGUGGGACACUCGGACUGCUUCCUUGUCUCUUCCUCUGGCAGCUCUGCUUCGCUUGCAUUCCUGUCUUCGUCUGUUUCUGAGGGGCUCCUGGGUCGCUCGGGGGUUUGGGUGAGAGCCUGAAAUUUGCCGUAGUGGUCUACCCACCGGGUUGAGUGUGGCUUUGUCGGCUGUUCUGGUUCCUUCAGCGGACAUCCCUUACCCUGUCAGCCUCUCACAACCGCUGGGUUCGGCCUCCGGGGGCUUGGCGUUGGUUGCUGCAUCACCGGCUUCCUCUUCGUGUAUUUCGGGGUUCAGUGCCUUGGCACCUAUCCGAGCCCUCGCUCAACAUGUUCACAGACACGUCGUCUCUGGGCUGGGGCUUUGUGACCAGUGCUUACCAGACCAGGGACAGUGGACUCUGUCCUUUCGUCGGGCUCAUAGCACGAUGCAGGGGUUCGCGGCUGUGUGGAUUUCACUCUGGAGGAUUCGGGUCGCUCGUGGAUCGACGAUCAGGCUCCAUUCAGUCUGUUCCCCGGUGGUUCAUUGCCUGAACCACGGGGGGUUCACUGCGGUCCUUGAUUUUUUGGGGCUGGUCGCAUUGGGUGACUCGUCUGCUGAAUUCUCGGGUUUUGGCUCUCCUGGUGGUUCACAUUCGGGGGGUGUACAAUGUCCUGGCGGACGGCCUAUCCCAGUUCAUUCCCUUUUCCACGGAAUGGACGGUCGACGCUUACUCAUUCAGUUGGCUCUGCCGGACGUUCGGGCCUCCAGAAGUGGAUCUUUUCACGUCAGCGUGGUUGAGGUGUCUUCCAGUAUACGUGGCGCCCUUCCCCAACAUCGGGGUCGAUGCCUUCAGGCAGGACUGGGCGAGGUGGUAUACCUAUACCUCUUUCUCCCGGUUCAGCUGUUGCUCCAGGUCUUGGCUCGCUUGGAGACUUAACAGGGAAGAGUUGUCCUUCUGGCUCCUUGGUGGCCGGCCCAACCUUGGUUUCAGGUGCUGCCUGCUCGGUGGUUUUUCAGUACUGUUUUUUUACUCCUGCCAUCACACUGAGCAUAGCCUAUGAAAUUUCAGUCGCCACGUUUAGUCUAAACUUACAUUCCACACACUGUGAUAUGAGUAGUACUGUAAUUCAUUGUUCCAUACCACCCUUCAUUCAUUUACAGGAUACUUCUUUCAUUCUUUCACUCGUGCUCUUGCAAUGUUUACAUCAUUCCAGUCUUUAAUCUUGCUCCUUUCAGCUUUGUUUCACAUAAACCUUGUGCAUCAAAUCUGCUCUCCUUAUAAACUCUCACCACUUCCAGCUUGCUUAAUUUUGUUGUUUAUUCCUUUUAACAUUCCACACUCAUACAAGCCUAACUUAAUUUUCUAGGAAUUAGCAAGGUGUGCCUCGCACUGCCAAAUCCAAUUUUGCCCUUUCUGGAAAGGAAUUUGAGAAGGUGAGUCUCCAGCAUUCUAUAUGAUCAAAAACAUAUCACGGGCUUAAAUCACAAAAGUUGUGUGUUUUGUGAAGUUAGAAAGGGAAUGUUAUAAAUUAAUUCUGUUAUGAAACUUUCCAUUGGUAUCAUCUACAACUCGAGCAGCACAGUUAAACUUUAAGCAUUGUCCUCCCAUUAGAGGAAAGUGUACAGUGUACUAUUUAUAGGAAUAACAUGAACACUAUGUUCUUAUAUAAGUAUAUUAUAUGAAUGGCUGUCUUUGUUUAUAAAAUGUGAAGAAAAUGCUGUAUGCCAGAUGUCAUUUCUGUAUUUUAGUAGCACAGUGAAUAUUUGAAAAUGACUCUUGGUGAAUGUACUGUUUAACAAAGAGUUGAUCUGGACAGUUUUAUGGCUCAGUUGUCACAAAUAGUAUGAGUCUUCACAUUUACUGAUGUUUGCUCACUUUAUCAUGGAUGAUAAUUUCCAGUGCAAAAUGUGUAAUACAAGUUUUUAUAAGGGCGAGUGUAUGGAAAUCUUUUAGCAUAAAUGUUUGGAAUGCUAGUUCUUUGUACUAUUUAUGUAUUUUAGCUUCACAACGGGUCAUGUACUAGUUGCUUUAGUGCCAAGAACAUGAUAAACACUGGUAUUACAGUAGACAUGUCUCUGGAUGUACUGCAAUCCUUAUUGACAAAUGGUAUUAAAUAUUACUUAGGUUCUUCUUCUUUGUACAGUGGGAUACAGCACACUUAAUGCAAAUAGUUGCAGAGUAUUUGUUGUGAACUUAUUAAAAUGUGUGUAAAGUUGUGUUUUGUGAUCCCAUUGUGAAAGUCAUGAUAGAUUUAGAUCCUAGGUAGGUGCUACAUUUAGAUGAACAAUGUAAAGAUAUGUGCAAUAUAAAUGCAAACUGUUACCUUAUAAUGAUUAUGAUGAAUUAUUUCUUGAAUGGAACUGUAUGUUAGUAAAUAUUUUUUUCCAGGUACACCAAAGUGUUUUGCUAAAGAAAUUUGAAAGGCAUGUCAGUUUACUGAUUUUAAUGAAAUUCAAAACCAUCUUCGUGAUGGGGAGUUUGGGGUCAACACUCUUAUUUUUGUAAUUCCACUUCUGUACUGUACUAACUUGUUUAUCUGCUAAACAAAAUUUCCAUGAGCACAUAUGUACAUGAAGGUGUAGCAUGAACAUGGGAAUAGGCAUCUGUACUCACCUAGUUGUGCUUGCGGGGGGUUGAGCUGUGGCUCUUUAGUCCCGCCUCUCAAUCAUCAAUCAACUGGUGGGAUCUGUGCACUAGUGCUGGUGGUUCUUGGUGCAACUGAGAUUGUGCAUCUUCAGCUUUCACUUCAAAUUUUGUAAUAUGGGUCAUGAGAUAUUGACUUUUGUAGAAUCAAUAAUACAUAACAGUAUGGUAGUUAUAUGCUGUACUUUCUCAACUUGCUGAUAAAAUUUGUCAAACAUCAAGAACAUUUUAGCUCAGUCUUCCCACUUUCUGUGAACUACUUUAGAAAAUUGUUAUACAGUAUGAUUGAGCUCAGCUCACUGAUGGCUUAAAACCUGUCACUGGGUAGAAUUAUGUGCAUAUUUCCAAUAGUAUUGUCAUUUGAAAGGUGUGUAGUUGGUUUAAUUUUAAACUUGGUGAUUAGGAAGGAAUAUAAGGUCCAUGUGCUGGAAACAGCCUCAGCUUUAAGAAUCUUAUGUGUGCCAUUUUCCAAAAGUAUAGUGUAUGAUAGGCACAGUAGUCAAUUUUAUGGCCAUUUUGUUUUUAUACACAAGUUGCACAUGGCUCAAUUCCUUGCUGAUCACUGUACACUUGAGGUGUAUUACUUGUUAGGUUCAUACUGCCCAAUUCUACCUUGUUAGUUGCUAUAGGUGUUCCAGUACUGUAUGCAUUUGUUAUAAAAAUAAAUGUCUGAAUUAU